CAUCAUCACAACCAUUUAUCGUCAAUUAUUCCCAAAUCCAAUCCUUUAGACAGCAAUGAAACAGAAAAAUUAUUAUCUGAGGUCUCGAAUUUCGUUUCACAUGAUAGCAGCGCUAGAGAGGAUACGGAUCCUUUUUCUACCCCCACUAGGGAUCAAAAGAUGCAUAACAUGUCUAAUAUUGAUAGUAGCUUAUAUUACUCUCACAGUUCUCCAGCUUCCAUUGAGUUUCCUAAUAUGGAAUAUGGUGAAGAGGUUGCUGAGCUUCGGCGGGAAAACGAUUCUUUGAGGGAACAACUGACACGCUCAAGAGUCGAGUGGCAGGCAGCAGUCGAUCGCUCCAUCCAAAAUGAUUUGCUGAUAAUGAGUAUUACUGAAAAAAAUGUGGCUGACAAGGCGUCUCAAACUGAAUAUGACCCAAUUAAUACCUAUGUAGUCAACAACAGUUCAGCUUACAAUUCUCUUGGCACUGAUCCACUUUCGCCUCGGCGUCGCAACGCUUCUUCUGGUGCUGCUAGUGAGGAGUCGGCUGUGCGGAACUACUCACCUGUCGCUCAGAGUCAGGUGUCCACAUUAAUUGAUAGAUUGAGUGCUUUUGUGAAUGAUGAACUUCUAUCUGAUAAUGACAUAAAUGCCUAUUGUUCUGAAAUGUUUGCUCAUAUCAAGGAUCUUGUGAUUGUUGAUCCGGUAGUAACAUCACUCUUAAUUAAUGAUAGUAACUUUGAUUCUUCUUUUCUGAAUUCCGAUAAAUAUGCAAAGAAAAAUAUAGCGUUCAUUCUCAAUGAUAAUCUAAACUGUAAAAGUAAUUUGCACUCUGGUUGGAAUGGCUCCCACUGGAGUCUUGUUAUCUACGAUUUUACCGAUUCUUCUGUUUACCAUUUUGAUUCUUUGAAUAACUUCAAUGGAAAACCCAUGUCAAUUUUGUUGGAUAGAUUGAAACAAGCUUUAAAAGUAGAAAAAGCAACAGGUAUGGACUGUUUGAAGCAAGAAAAUUCACAUGAUUGUGGAAUUUUUGUUCUUUUCCAUCUAGAAAAUGUAAUAUCACAGCAUAUGUUCAAUAGUGUGUUGGAGGCUGUAACUGCUCUAUCGAAAAUGUCUUGUAAAAUAUGUUCAAAAUCGGUGCGUGAUGCUAAUAACGAUUCGACCACCUGCAAUGACUGUCAUGCGAGUGUUCAUGCCAAGUGCGUGAAUCUCACGAUGGACGAUCUCAAGUAUAUGCAACAGAAUAAGAAAAUCUGGCGGUACGAGGAUUGCUCCAAAGAGCGGCGUAGAAGCAUAGCGUUGGAAACUACAGCGGCUGAGGGUGAGUUAAGCUUGCAGGACGUUGUUAGGUUGUUGAACAGAAUACGUGAGUACGUGAGGAUCAUGAGAGACUUGAAACCGAUCUAG